AGUAGCAGUUUGGCACCAGAGCUACUCUGCCGCCCGAAACCAUAUAUCUGUUUAUUUUUUUCACAAAUGGGACCGAAAGAAGACAAGACCGAUUGCCAUGGUCGUUCACUCCUUCACUAUCACCGUUCUAUAUUAAAGACAGCUUCAACUCCUCUUCUUCGCCAUCAUAAUCUAAUCUCCUUCCAAAGUCCAAUUCUCCUCUUUCCUUUCUAUGGCUUCUCUCGCAUUCGCUUCGAAGCUCUCCUUGCUUCUGAGCGGCAACUUUAGAUACGACGCCAUUGGAUGGAAACCUACCUUUGGUGAUCAGAAAUCGUUUUCGAGAUUUUUGAAAUUGAAUAGGAAGUUGUUGAACAACUCUUCUUCUUCUUCUUACUCGAAGGCGCGAAUUGUGGUGCCACGCGCCACAGCGGAGCUGGUGGAUGAUUGGAUUGUAGAGGGUGAAGAGAAGAGGCAGGAGGGCGGUAAGGUUCUUAGAGUUGGUCUUAUAUGUGGAGGUCCCUCCGCAGAGCGUGGAAUUUCUCUCAACUCUGCUCGAUCAGUUCUUGAUCACAUUCAGGGCGAAGAUUUGCACGUAAGCUGCUAUUAUAUUGAUUAUGAACUGAAUGCAUAUGCAAUAUCCUCUGCUCAGGUGUACUCAAAUACUCCUGCAGACUUUGAUUUUAAACUUGAAAGCCUUGCUCAAGGUUUUUCAUCUUUAUCUGAAUUUGCUGAACACCUUGCUUCCUCUGUGGACAUUGUAUUCCCUGUAAUUCAUGGUCGAUUUGGUGAAGAUGGUGGCAUCCAGGAGCUUUUGGAAAAAUAUAAUAUUCCAUUUGUUGGCACAGGAUCAAGUGAGUGUCGUCAAGCAUUUGACAAGUAUCGUGCCUCCUUGGAGCUUAACAAACAAGGAUUCAUAACUGUACCUAAUUUUCUAGUGCAGGGGAGCAAAAUGGAUAAAUCUGAAUUAUCUAAGUGGUUUGUGAGCAACCAAUUGGACCCUAACUCAGGGAAAGUAGUGGUGAAGCCAGCCAUAGCAGGAUCAAGCAUUGGCGUAACAGUUGCUUAUGGUGUAACUGAUUCUCUUGAAAAAGCAAGUGAUAUAAUUUUAGAGGGAAUUGAUGAUAAAGUCCUCGUUGAAAUAUUUCUUGAGGGAGGGAGUGAGUUUACAGCCAUUGUAAUUGACGUAGGAUCUGGAUUUGAUUGUCAUCCUGUUGUUCUACUGCCAACGGAGGUGGAGCUUCAAUUUCAUGGCAGUGUUGAUGUAAGAGAAAAAGAUGCAAUUUUCAAUUAUCGAAGAAAGUAUCUUCCAACACAACAGGUAGCUUAUCAUACUCCACCUCGUUUUCCUGUAGAUGUAAUUAAAAAGAUUCGAGAAGGAGCAUCUCUAUUAUUCCAAAGGCUUUGUCUCCGUGAUUUUGCUAGGAUUGAUGGAUGGUUCUUGCCUUCUUCCAUCAAUACCUUUUCAUCUUCAGAUGGGAAAUUUGGAAGGACUGAUUUUGGUACAAUAUUAUUUACUGACAUUAACCUGAUUAGUGGAAUGGAGCAGACUAGCUUUUUAUUUCAGCAAGCUUCAAAGGUUGGAUUCUCUCAUUCAAAUAUUCUACGAAGCAUCAUCCAUCAUGCCUGCUUGAGAUUUCCCAAUCUUGCUUCCAUCAAUGAUAUAUCAGAUCAUUUGCCGAGAAGAUCAAGAUCCUCACAGCUUGCUGAAGCAUUCAGCAAACAAGAAGGCGCUCGUAAAGUUUUUGUCAUAUUUGGAGGUGACACGUCAGAGCGGCAAGUAUCCCUUAUGAGUGGAACAAAUGUUUGGCUCAACUUGCAAGCAUUUGAUGAUCUCAAUGUGACUCCUUGUUUGCUUGCACCCUCAAGUGGCCAGUCUUCUGAUGCCAGCUCUAGAGCAGUUUGGUUAAUGCCUUAUUCUCUUGUUCUAAGACACACAACAGAGGAAGUUCUUGAUGCCUGUAUAGAGGCGGUUGAACCAGCUCGGGCUGCACUGACAUCUCACUUGCGCAACCAAGUGACAAGUGAGCUCAUGGAAGGUUUGAAGAAGCAUAAUUGGUUUAGAGGAUUUGAUAUAUCUGAUGAACUACCUACAAGAUUUUCAUUGGAGGAGUGGGUCAAGCUUGCCAAAGAAGUUCAAGCAACAGUUUUCAUUGCAGUGCAUGGAGGCAUUGGUGAAGACGGUACGCUUCAAUCUUUGCUGGAGGCUGGAGGAGUUCCUUAUACAGGUCCAGGUCCAACAGCUUCGAAGACUUGUAUGGACAAAGUAGCAACAUCUCUGGCUCUUAGUAAUCUUGCAGAUUUGGGAGUUCUUACCAUAAAUAAAGAAGUGCUCAAAAAAGAGGAUUUGCUAAAUAUGCCGGUACUGGAGACUUGGAAUAAAUUGACCUCAGCUCUUCAGUGUAAAACAUUAUGUGUUAAACCAGCAAGGGAUGGAUGCUCAACAGGUGUUGCAAGAUUAUGUUGUGUGGAGGACCUUGCGGUGUAUGUAAAAGCAUUGGAGGAUUGCCUUCUACGGAUACUGCCUAAUAGUUUCUCAAAGGCACAUGGAAUGAUUGAGAUGCCCAACCCUCCUCCAGAGCUCUUGAUCUUCGAGCCUUUUGUUGAAACUGAUGAGAUUGCUAUUUUAUCUAAAUCUACGGGGGAAGAUCUGCACGGCCUCAAGUGGAAAGGGGACAGUCGAUGGGUGGAAAUAACAGUUGGUGUAAUAGGAAAAUGCGGAUCCAUGCACUCACUGAGUCCUAGUAUUACUGUUAAAGAAACUGGCGAUAUUUUAUCACUUGAAGAGAAAUUUCAAGGUGGAACUGGCAUCAAUCUUACUCCGCCACCAUCAUCGAUUGUUAGUGCGGAGGCUCUGGAGAAAUGCAAACAGCAUAUUGAAUUGAUUGCAAACACACUGCAAUUAGAAGGAUUUUCAAGAAUUGAUGCUUUUCUUAAUGUUGACACUGGAGAGGUGUUGGUCAUAGAAGUCAAUACUGUCCCUGGAAUGACUCCUUCCACUGUCCUUAUUCAUCAGGCACUAGCAGAGAAACCUCCUAUAUAUCCUCACCGAUUCUUUCGCACAUUGCUUGAUUUGGGAUCAGAGAGGAGCAUGUAGAAGUAGAAUCUUGUCAUGUUCGAAUUGCCCAAUAAUUUGGAAGCAAUAUUUGGUCUGGAGUGCAGAAUGUAGAAUUUGGUUGGGUUAGUACCCAUCCACACUCUAUAUAUGUUGCUUAUUUAGUCCAGUCACUUAGAUUGAGAGGAGAAAAGAAAAGAAAUGUUGCUGAAUGAACAUUGUCCGUCUAUUUGCAACUUUUUUUCUUAGAAUGGCUUUGUGCAUUGUUGAAAAAGCAUGAAAUGAAAGACCUUAUGUAAAAUAGAUUAGCAGCAGCAGCUCCUGCAAAUAGAAGACAGACUAUUGUAUCAUAUUGUUUUCAUUAAUUAUUAAAAAAAUGAAAGUUUUAGUAUUUA